AUGGAUUUCAUUGACGUUGCCAUUAUCGGAGGAGGUCCAGCUGGACUUCCCGCUGCCGGUGCUCUCGCUCGCCAACUCUACACUGCCGUGGUCUUUGACACUCAGACUUACCGUAAUAAAAACUCGGCUCAUAUGCACAUGGACUUUCGAGCCGCAACCAAAGACAACAUUUUGGCGCGCUAUUCUACUAUUCAAUUUUUUGACAUGGGUGUCACGAGGGUCGAGAAGAAAACAGACUCUCACUUCAUCCUCGUCGAUGCAAAUGCAAAGGAAUGGAACUUUCGAAAAAUCAUCCUAGCUGUGGGUAUGAAUGAUACUUUUCCCGAAACCGAGGGCUACGCUGAGCUUUGGACAAGGAGAAUGCAAUUCCCACUGUCUUUUCUGCUUCGGCUAUGA